CAUUGCAUCUAACAGCUUUCUUAGCUACCUUCAGAGUUGAAACGUUCAUGGUUGCUGUCUUGAUUAUUUUCAUGGUGGAAAGUUGCACGGAGGCAACGUUGUCCAAAUUGCUCUACAAAGAUUGACAAAGUGCUGCUUGUACACUACAUACCAUUCUAUUUUCGCUGUGGCCACAGUGCAUGUUCGGUACUUUAACCGUGCGGAUAGGUCUGUCCAUGUAACUGACGUACAGUUAAAGAUCAACACCAAGUGAAGAUACUAGCUUGCUUCUGGUAAAUUUCAUAUUAUCUUCAUCAUGAAACUGUUCAUGGUUGUUGUCAUGAUUAUUUCCAUGGUGGAAAGUUGCAUCAGUGAGUGCACAAACGGUUCAGCCUUUAACAUGGUCCGCGAUCGUGCGUUGCUGAACCAUGUGUUUAGUUGGAAAACUGAACCAUCUCCAGUCAACUGUGUGCGACAAUGCUUCAAAGAUCCACAAUGUGUAUCAGUCAACUAUCACAUCAUAAAACGUUUAUGUGUGUUGAACGAUGGCAGCAGGGCACGCAACCCAGAUGACUUCGUUGACCUGCAAGGAAGUGUGUACUAUGAUGACAAUGUGAACAACAAUCUGUUCCCAACACAGAGCACUGCAAGUUACAACAGUUGUUUUAUGAUGUAUCAAGCUGGUUAUCGUGAGAGUGGCAUAUACACAAUCUAUCAAACAAGUCCAUCUGGUGGGUUACAGGUUUACUGCGAUAUGGAGACAGACGGAGGAGGCUGGAUCGUGUUCCAGAGGCGACAAGACGGCUCUGUUGACUUUUACCGUAACUGGACUGAAUACCAAUCUGGGUUUGGUGAUCUGCAUAAUGAGUUCUGGUUGGGGAAUGAUAUCCUGCGUGACCUUACUGGAUCGGGUCAAUGGCAACUCAGAGUAGAUAUGGAAGAUUGGCAGUCUAACAGAGCUUGGGCUUCUUAUGGUGAGUUUGGUGUUAUAGGUGACAAGUACACUCUCGAGGUCGGUUUAUAUGAUGCUCAAAGUACAGCAGUCGAUUCAUUGACAGCAUGGCACAAUGGGCGCUAAUUCACUACCAAGGAUCAGGACAAUGAUGUGUGGAGUGUAAACUGUGCUGUGACAUUUACCGGUGCCUGGUGGUAUAGAGAUUGCCAUACUGCUAAUCUGAAUGGUGUAUACUUCCAACAGGCAGACGCGCCGUUAGGACAGGGAAUAGAGUGGAUGGGUUGGAAAGGUCGAAGUUACUCGCUCAAGAAAUGCAGCAUGAAAUUACGGCAAGUAAUAUAAACUCAAAGUUUGUCACUGCGCAUUGUCGUUGGUCCUAGGGGCAGUGAAAGCCCGCCCCAGUUUCUGCUGGGCAAUGUACCUAGCUGUUGGCAUCGCUAACCUAGGUUCUAACCCAGAUUACAAGCGUGCCAUUACCUACCAACAGAGGCAGGUACACUUAAUAAUUGUAGCAUGGAAGUACGACAGGUUUACAACAGACAAAUUAAUCAAAAGUAGGGACUCGAAAAUAAUUGACCCUGAUGAAGUCUCGUGUUAAUUUCAAAAACAUUGUCUAACAAUUCAAAUCGUUCGUUGUCUUUGUUAAAGGGAAGGUACACCUUUGGUAAUUGUCAAAGACCAGUCUUC